GCCUAUUUUAGGAAGAAGCAGGAGAGACUCACUUGUUUGUGAGGCUAAUGCAGUUUUGGGUCUAUGCCCUUCAUUUUGGGAAGGGAUUUUAUUGAAACAGAGCUUCCAUUGUAGGAAUGGGCCUGAGCCUACAUCCUGUUUGUGGGGAGAGUCCUGCAAUUUUUUGGGGUGUCUCUGGCCUACUUUAAAGGGUUGUUUCCCUUCUGCGGGAGAAGCCUUUUGAGGCGUGUUUGAAUUUUUUCAUUCCCUAUCUGAUCCUGCUGUGGAUUAUCUCUCAUUUUCUUACUUUCCGUCAUUUGAUCUCGAAACACUCCUAUUAUCUCCUGUUUGUUGUGUUUCCAGAGCAGAAAAUUGCUACUCUGUAUUGGAGACCCUGGAGGUUAAAAUAAAUUAAAAUUAAAAAAAACUUUUCUAAGAUGGUUCUCUAUUUGAGAAGUUUCUGGUUUGGGAUCUCUGUUAGUGGCUCCCAGAGGGAUCUAGUGGAUCACUUCUGAAAGGGCUGGCCCUCAAAUCUUAAACUUGCAGAGACCUUAAAGAUCAGGGUCUGUUCCUUUUGCAGGAAGCAGUUUUUCAAAAAAGGACGGGUUGUAUAAAGGGGCAGGGCUUACAUAGGUGUCAGGUGUCUUUCCAAGGUAGGAACUGGGAUGUAAAUUAGUACCAAAGGCCUAAUUUUGGGAGUCGAAGACUCUCAUUACUCUCAUUACUCCCAUUAUACCCUCGCCUGCAUGCACGUUACUUCCUUCCUGCUCUUGCUGCUGUUUAAUUGACCUUACACCAGGGAAAUGUCGGAGCUGAGGAGGCGAGGAGCUGCAGGAGAUCAUGAAACUGACAGCAUCCUUGACAAGGAUGCAGAUGGAGAUGAAAGGUUUGCGGAACUAGAUCUCAGAACAGAUUUAGAUGUUCCUGAAGUUGUUCCAGCAAGAGACAGCACUCCAGUAAUUUUUAAGAAAGCCCUUUCUGGCUUAUCUUCCAGAUGGAAGAAUUGGUGGAUUCGAGGGAUUUUAACAUUGCUUAUGAUUUCAGUUUUUUUUCUGAUCAUAUACAUGGGGUCAUUUAUGCUGAUGCUUCUUGUCUUGGGCAUACAAGUGAAGUGUUUCCAUGAAAUCAUCACUAUAGGUUAUAGAGUUUACCGUUCAUAUGACUUGCCAUGGUUUAGAACCCUAAGCUGGUAUUUCCUGCUUUGUGUGAACUACUUCUUUUAUGGCGAGACUGUAGCAGAUUACUUUGCCACAUUUGUUCAAAGGCGAGAACAACUUCAGUUCCUAAUUCGCUAUCACCGGUUUAUAUCCUUUACACUUUAUCUAGCAGGUUUCUGCCUGUUUGUGUUGAGUUUGGUGAAAAGGCAUUAUCGUCUACAGUUUUACAUGUUCGCAUGGACUCAUGUCACUUUGCUGAUCACUGUAACUCAAUCCCAUCUUGUCAUCCAAAAUCUGUUUGAAGGCAUGAUCUGGUUUCUGGUUCCAAUCUCAAGUGUCAUUUGCAACGAUAUUGCAGCUUAUAUUUUUGGAUUCUUUUUUGGCAGAACUCCAUUAAUUAAGCUGUCUCCCAAAAAGACCUGGGAAGGCUUCAUUGGCGGCUUCUUUACCACAGUUGUGUUUGGAUUCAUUGCUGCCUAUCUUUUGGCUCAGUAUCAGUAUUUUGUAUGCCCUGUGGAAUACAACAGUGAGACUAACAGAUUUGUCACAGAAUGUGAACCUUCAGAAUUGUUCCAGUUACAGAAAUACUCCUUACCACCAUUACUUCAGGUUCUUCUAGGAAGAGAAUCUGUGAAUUUGUAUCCAUUCCAAAUGCAUAGCAUCGCUUUGUCAACUUUUGCAUCCUUAAUUGGGCCAUUUGGAGGGUUUUUUGCAAGCGGGUUUAAAAGAGCUUUCAAAAUCAAGGAUUUUGCCGACACUAUUCCGGGCCAUGGUGGAAUAAUGGACCGCUUUGACUGUCAGUACUUGAUGGCUACCUUUGUUCAUGUCUAUAUCACCAGUUUCAUAAGAGGCCCUAAUCCCAGCAAGUUACUGAAACAGCUGUUGGUGCUGCAGCCAGAAGAGCAAUUAAGUGUUUAUAAAACUCUGAAGUUGCACCUCAUUGAAAAGGGGAUCCUUCAGGCACCUCUGAGGGGAUAGAACGGCCAAAGUGUGGAUUGUAAAGAGAAGCACAACUGGAAAUGCGGUUUUGCUUGUGCAGAGCAAGGUGCGUUGGACUGAAGCCAGACGGUGGGUCUGAAAAGAUGAAUGUCUGUUUACUGCGAUUACUGUGAAUACCCAGGAGGCAAUGCAAGGUUUAAGUUCUUUCAAAAUGAUUGCAUGUUUCUGUUACCUAGUUCAGUUUUUUGGGUUAAUGAAAAGAGGCAUCUCCCUUAGUUUUCCGCUUCAGGUUUUUAUUUUAAUUUUAAAAACAAUUAUUUUUAAAUGGCGAGACACACACUCCCUCAAUCUAGCGUAAAAUAAACAAAGGGAUACUUGGGAGUGUGCAAGUCCUUCAUAAGAACUCAUUUUAGUGCAAUGCUAUUAAUGACUCCAGUUCAUUUAAUAACGUUCUAAUAUUACUGUGUUGGCACUACGAUUUUAGUUGACAGUCGAACUAAAUAAGCAAAUGGCAAUAGAGGCUAUUUUAUGCUGUUAUAUUACCUCCAAAAAAUAGGAAAGGGCCCUGUGACAAAUACCUUUGUUUUCUAGAUUCCUCAGGUUGGUUUGUUUCUAUAUUUGCAAAGCCUGGGGUGGAGCAGCAGGUGGAAAGGCACAGGUCCUUGUCAAAGCGAAAUACCCUUUCCGAGGUGGGAGAAGGGAGUUGCAAGGAUUGUUUUGAAGCACAAAACACCUCCACGAGCUGUUGUCCUCUUCUUUACCAGCAUGCUUUGUCCAGGACUUUUGGGCCCCAAGGAUUGGUGGCUCUUCAAAAAUGUGUUCGGUUGUGCCUCAGGGUUGAGAUGUGGUUUAAUGGAAAUUCUUUUUUUCUGCCUUGUGUUAAGUGCAAUACGUGAGCAAGCUCUAGCCUCAUUGAGACCAUUUUCAUGAAGAUAGGGUGGCCUCGUCUGCUUUGGCCUGUUGGCUAAACUGGCGCUCUAGGAUGAGAGGUGGAUUGGCUCUCCCAUCCGUCUGCACUGUGAUCCUGAGGGUAUUUGUUCGGCAACACCCCUGAUCUGGAUCUGUGGGAAGGGCAGGCCUUCAAGUGUUAGCCAACUCUCCUUUUGCACAAGUCUGCAUGAAAUGCGUCAUUCCUAAUAGUCGUGGCAUGAGUUGCUGCUUUGUAGUUUCUUUCAUCAUGUAAUAAUCCAAAACUAUAUUUUUAAAGCAAAUAAAGUAAUAACUUUGAUGCACACAUAAACCAAAAACGUAGUGUGGUAGUGAUUAAUGUAAUAGGACUUGAGGGCAUUAGGAGUACAAUCCUGCCUGCAGCGGCUUCCUGUGAAAACCUUUUGGAGAGGACCUGCAGCUUCCACUUAGAUGAAAUGGGCUUUGUGCAAGACAACCUUCAAAGAGGGUUGUAUCAUAGGGGAAGACUUCCUUUUCAAUGAACUGCUCAGGUUUGGUAUUGCUGAUGUGUUGGAUGGCGACAGUUUCAGCUUAGUCUGGCUUCCUUAAGCUAAACCAUGUAGCAAAAGUAAUGGCACAUUAACUUCUGACUCUUGCAUGGAUGACAUGUGUUUACAUCACUCUUGAAACUCAUUUAUAUUGUGCUAUUGCAAUGUUAGAGAUUAGUCUGGAGUAGGUGAGUAGCAGAUUGCCAAUGUCUAAAUGCUAAGCAGUAAUUUGUAGAAGAGUUGGGGGUAAACUUUACUACGCAUGUUCUAAUUUGCUCUGGUGGCAAGGGAGCAGUGCUAGUGUUUUUUCCUCAUGUGCUUUUCCAAUUAUGACAAAAUCAGAUACAGAAAGCCGCGGUGGUGUGAUAGCAUCAGCUGAUUUUUUUUGCUAUUCGGGGUAUAGGGAAGAGCUGUUUUGUGGAUUUUUUUUACCAAUCAGCAUAGAGCCGUGCCAUUAUUGCAAGGGCACAUGUAGGACACAAAUGACUUGGCAGCAGGAAGCAGUCAUUUUGGGGCUAUGAGGCUGGAUAUGUAGACUCUUAAAAGUCACAAAACAACUUGUCUAUUUACAUUUAUUCAUCAAAUUAAUAUGGUACUGGGUGUUCUGAAGAAGUUAAACCUUGUUGCUUGUGAAGUACAUGGUGGGCUUCUUCAGGUGACAGAGUUGCAUUAGGGCUUCCACUCUUCCCUGCAUUAUUUUAGUGUCUAUACAGGAGAGGAACAGGAACGGACCUGUAUUUGCCCUUGUGUGGACCUGUGGGGAUCCCUAUUUAUUUAUAGCCCACUGUCAUGGCAGUGGCAGUCAGUGAUAUUGUGUUUUUAAUACACCUGUCUUCUAGGAUUUUUCUGUGCAUGAGCAAAUUCUUUAGUUUCCUAAAGUGCUGGGGUCACCUUUCAGUCUUUUGGACUAAAAACAAAGCAUACAACCCAGUGGGUUUAAACUGGGAAACCAGAACAGAGCACAGCCUAAAACUUAGGAGAGCCUAAUUGAAAAACAAUGCUACUGGGUUCAGGUUUUAAGAUUUCAGUAGGAAUUUUUGCACUGAAGUAAGUAAUUAGGUGUAGGCUGCUGAGACUUGGGUAUGAACAGUUUUUCCUCGAAAACAUCUGCCUAAUAAAAUUAGUCUGUCCUGAAGAAGAGUCUUGGGGAAAAUACAGAAUUUAGUUUUAUUAUAUAACUGUAACAUUUGGGUUGUUUGGGUGUAAUGUUUUUAGCAUUUGUUUUGAAAUAAGAUUGUAAUUAAGCCAUUAAAUUUAAGAGAGGAGCUGGACCUGCCAGCUCUGUUGCACUGUUAAAAGAACUCAUUGUAAAAUGCUGCUAUUCAUUAAAAGUGAAAUGUUUUUGGAUGUACUCUUACUGCUUUAGAAUCAUUUUGUCUCCGGAAUGCUAUUGAAAAAGGGCUUUCUGUGUGCUUUUUAGAGACCAUGUAAGAAUAUUACGUGCAGUGGGUGAAAACUCACACUUCAGGUUUACAAUAUAAGCAGGUUGUGGCAAAGUCUAUAAAGGGGUGCCCAUAGGAAGCCAUUUGCCAGGCCUGACAAUUUCAAUUAAAACAACUCAAAGUUGUUUUGUUGUGAGUUUUCCGGGCUGUUUGGCCUUGUUCCAGAAGCAUUCUCUCCUGACAUUUCGCCUGCAUCUAUGGCAGAGUUCCUCAGAGGUUGAGGUUUGUGGGAAACUAGGAAAAAGAGGCUUAUAUAUCUGUGGAAUGUCCAGGGUGGGAGAAAGAACUUUUGUCUGUUUGUGUCAAGUGUGAAUGGUGCAAAUGGCCACCUUGAUUUAAUGGCCUAGUAGAAACAAUCAGGGCCAGUUAAUCACCUCCCAACAAAGGAUUGCUCUGGCAAUAAGAAGCCAGACCUGGAAAUUGCUAGGCCAUUAAAUGCUAAACAUUCACAACUACCCCAAACAGACAAGAGUUCUUUCUUCCACCGUGGACAUUCCACAGAUACAUAAACCCCUUUUCCUAGUUUCCUACAGACCUCACAACCUCUAAGGAUGCCUGCCAUAGAUGCAGGUGGAACAUCAGGAGAAAAAGCUUCUGACACAUGGCCAUACAGCCCGGAAAGCUCACAACAAACCAGUGAUUCCGGCCAUGAAAGCCUUUGACAAUACAACUGAAAAUUGUGAAGGAGCUGUGCUCUCUGAAUUGCAUCAGUACAUUCUUCUUCAUUUGUUGGACCUUGAUAUAGAAAGGCAAGUGGAGAUCUGCUUGUUUUAACUUGUGUUUUCUUCAAUACACACCUGGGAUAUUUCAGAUUCUCAUUUUCCCUUUCCCUCUUUUAAAUAAACAGUGUAAUGAAAAUCCCUCCAAUGUUUUCCUUUAACAUGCACUUCUCUUGGGUGAGACACCUCUGCCUUGUUUAGAAAAACUGUAGAAAAUGAUGUGUAUAUAAUGUAAAUGUUGAACAUAGAUAUAUAUCUUAGUUUACUUUUGUAGAGAUGGGCUUGGGGAUAAUAAAAGCUCUGAUCAAAGUCUUAA